GCCUGUCUGUCACUUUUCAUUCGUGGAUUCGUGGUCGUGGUUUUCUGUCGCAGCAUUUUUUGGGCCAAAUCUUGAAACCUCCUUGCGUGAUUUGGGGAUUACUUCCUGUUUCGGGAGCGCAAAUUGUCCUUUACGGUGUUCCGGAUACGGGUUUUUCUAUUUGCGGGUUUACCGAGUGCGAACGCAGUUUUCCGUGAAAAAGAUUGUGUGCACAUUUGGGAGCAAAGGCAGGAAAGAAGACAAGAAGAAGUGUGUGUGUGAGUGCUGUGCAGUGCAGUCAUGGCCAACUAUCACCAGCACCAUCGGGAACGCCGUGGCGGAGGUGGAGGUGGCGGCGGCGGUGGCCAUCGGCACUACAGAAACAACCACUCGGGUGGCAAUGGGGGUGGCCACAAUCAGCAGCAACAACAGCAACCGCCAAGUGGUGCCAAACGGUCGUCUCCGUCGGAAUCGUCAACGUCGGAGGCGAACGACUCGACCUGUGUGGUCUGCUUCAAGCCGAUUCUGAUCUACGCCAUCGGCGAGUGUGACCACCUGUGCUGUUUCGAGUGUUCGGCCCGGAUCCGGGUGCUGUGCCGGCAGAAUGAUUGUCCCAUUUGUCGGCGCGAUCUGGCCAAGGUCAUCUUUGCCAAGACGAUGGCCCCGUACCGGGAGUUGGACGUGCGGAACCGGUCCGGGUUGUACGAUAAAAAGUACCGGAUCUGUUUCACCGACGGGGACGUCCAGCAGGCCUUCUUCGAGCUGCUGGACAACAAGUGCCCAAGAUGCGACGAGAAAAACUUUCCCAAGUUCGACCAGCUGCGGGAGCACGUCCGGAAGCGGCACGAGCUGUUCUACUGCGACAUUUGCACCGAGCACCUGAAGAUCUUCUCGUCGGAACGGCGCUGCUACAGCCGCCAGGAACUGGCCCUGCACCGGCGGGUGGGCGACCCGGACAACGUCGGCCAUCGGGGCCAUCCGCUGUGCGAGUACUGCGACAAGCGCUUCCUGGACAAGGACGAACUGUUCCGGCAUCUGCGGAAGGAGCACUUUUUCUGCCACUUUUGCGACGCCGACGGGGCUAACCACUUUUACGGGGACUACGACACGUUGCGGGAUCACUUCCGGCAGGAGCACUACCUGUGCGAGGAGGGCGAAUGUGAGCAGGAACAGUUUACGGCGGUGUUCCGGUCCGAGAUUGACCUGCGCGCCCAUCGCGCGUCCGCCCACGGCAAGUCGAUGAACAAGCUGGCGAACAAGCAGACGCGGACGCUGGAGUUGGAGUUUUCGUACGCGCCACGACAUCGGGAGGGCGCCGGUGGGCCAGGGGCAGGAAGUGGCCCCGGAGGUGGUGGCAGUGGUAGGGGACGGGUUGGGGCACGCGAGGGAGGAGGAGGUCGAGGAGGUGGCCACACGGGUGGUCACGAUAACCAGCGGGAGUUUGACGCGUUUGUGGGCGAUCUUGGCAUGAUGACGCAGCACGCUCCCAAGCGGAUAGACGCCAGCAGUGAGCAGGACUUUCCGACGCUCGGUGGCACUGGGAACAACCCAGUGUUUCGACCGAACAAUGUCUCAAUACGGCAGCGCGUGUUUGGAGUGGCCGGUUUGGCCAGGACGAAGGAGAACUUUCCGGCGCUCGGAGCGGAGGGUGGAGACGGUUCCGGAGCGACCAGCGUUAAUGAGGGCUUUAGCAGUAAGAUUACGGCUAGUUCGUUGCUGAAACCGGGUCAACCGAGUAGUAGUAGCAGCAGCAGCGGCAACAGUCAACCCAGCACCAGUAUGAUGAUCCACGUGUCGAACCGACCUUCAACGGCUUCCUCGUCCAAGUCUUCUGCAACGGCGAAAAAAGCGGCUGUGGCCGAUUUUCCAGCGUUACCGGGAACAAAAAGUAAAAAAUCCGACCUGUACGCGGACAUGGAAGGCAGCACCAACGGAAUGGUCAACCUGAACGCGAUGGCCGCCAAACAUCGCGCCAUGGCCGACGACUACGUGUCCGUUUCGAGCGUGGUCUCCAAGGUGGCCACCGUCCAGGCAAAGGACACCGCCAAAAAAACCGCGCCCCAGAACGUCGUCCCGAGUGUCAACUCGACCAAGGCGUUCCCCACGCUCGGCGAUCCAAAGCCCAGCGGUGCCAAACCACCCCAGUGGCUGGUGGCCAACAAGGUCAACUCGACUUCGUUUCCCGCGUCCUCGUCGUCGGCCGCUUCGGCUACCAAGAAAAAACCCGCUCCGGCACCGAAUUUAAAAGAGGAAAGCAACUUUGUCAACUUGAACGCGUUGACGGGAAAAAAAUCGAGUGGGGUGGAAAGUUUUGUAGUCGCUGCUGCUUCGUCAAAGGACAAGAACGCCAGUGACAAACGGAACAACAACAACAACAACGAGCAAGCUCAGUCUAAGGUGGGCAAGGCCAAGGACAAGAGUAAAACGGGUACCAACGGCAGCGGAGACUCGCGAAAUAAUAAGGAGAAUGAAACGCUUCCCGGGGAUAACUUCCCCGCUCUUGGUGGGGGUCAGGUUGCGGAUUUCGCGUUGGCCAAUCUCGGUGGGGGGAGCAGCGCCGGGUCGGCAAGUUCGAAGCGGGGACCGCCCGGCUUUGAGAAUGUCAAUUUAAACAAUAACAACAAUGGGGCGCGGAAGGUUCCGGGACCGCCGCCCGGGUUCAACAACGUGACGGUGAAUUCGGUGGCGCGAAACGCGAACAAUUUGACCUUUACUAGCUCUAGUGGGGAGAGUUACGACAUUCUGCCUGGGACGUACAAGUACGUGGCGCCGUCCAACUCGAGCAAGCGGAAUCAGAAUCUUGUGACCCAGUUCCAACGCUCGCUGAAAAAGGACGACGCGCUGGCCGAGUUCCGCACCAUCUCGCAGAUGUUCCGCGAUGGUUCGUACAACCCGGGACCGUACUACGAGCACUGCAGGGUCGCUCUGGGAGACCGAUUCCACGAAAUCUUCCCGGAAUUGCUGGUCCUGUUGCCUAACAUCACCAAACAGCAGGAACUGUACCUGGUGUACUGUCAGGAUCCGGCCAACAAGCAUAAGAUCGGAACAAAGAGUACCAGCAAGUUCGCGCUCGAGGUUUGUCACGUGUGCAAGCAGGUCCUCGUGCGGGACGACCUGACCGAGCACUUCCAGUCGCACUACAUGGAGAACAACUUCCCCAAGCUGGAUAAGGGCCCGGCCCUGGGGGACGGCAAGCUGGCGUCGUCGUCCGCCUGGCGGAAAUAACACCGUCGAAAGUGUAACUAAGGUAGAUGACCAUAAUUUUGGAUGUGCUUUUUCUUUUAAAGCUUAAACAAAAAAUCAACACGGCUCCAUUCAGAGGUAAAAAUGUUUUUCUUGAUUACAAUCUAAGUUGAAUAGUCGGUAGAAAUUAUCGUUCGAACAAGAGUUUAUAUUUUUUUUCGUUUUCGAGGCCAAAAGUUUUCUUUUUUUUUUACCAUCAAAAGUAGUUGAAGCGUGUGUGUGUGCGUGAGCUCUAGGUUUUUUCUUGUAAUCGAGGAAGGUCGAAAAAAAAGGUUGCGUUUGUUUGCCCCCGCGCGCAAGCUAGAACGUUAAACGCGAACCAUUUCGUGAACCCGCGCGAAUGACUCAACCGUGUAUGUUCUUUUGUUUUAUUAGAUUAUUUUUAUUUUUUAAAAGUGCGCAAUAUAAAUAACGGAGGAAUUAUACGCGUAUUUUGCUCUUUCUUUACCUUUAAUGUUAAUAUAUAAAUAACCUGUACAAAACAGAAAAAAUAAAUAAAUAAAGCAGUGCAA